AUGCAGGACUCUAAAUCAAUUGUCCAUGAAUACCCACAAGCAGUGUCUGACAGUGAAAAACGCUUUGACAAUUCCCUUCAAGAACUUAGAGACUUGCGUUCUCAGCUUUACUAUGCUGCUGAUUACUGCGAAGAGGCCUUCUUGACCGCGAAAAAGAAGAGAAUUGUAUUGGAAAACACCAAAGAGUACCUGUGCAGGGCUGUUGUCACAGUUGUUGAUCAUCUGGGAUGUGUCUCAGCUAAUCUUGAUUAUAGGCUUUCUGAGAGCAAUCAAGUUUCUGAAACAGAACUCCGGAUUGACUGUUUGAAACAAAGACUUACCACAUGCCAAGAAUUUUUUGAGAAGCUUGCUCUGACUAAAGUAUGUUGCAAACCCGAUUUUCCAAGAUAUCAUCCUCGCUAUAUAUCAACACUCAUUCCAGAUCUUCAGAGAUCAGCUGAAGUCUACAGGGAAUCAGGUAUCUCAGCUGCUGAUAAAGACACUAGCAAGCAUGUAAUUGAGACAGAAGAGGAAGUGCCAAUUUUCUUAUACAGAAACAAUUGUGUUCCAUCUUUAGUUGUUACUUCAAGAAGGGAUAGUGAUGCCGAGAAGAAAGAUAGCUGCUCAGCUCCAGUGUUAUUGCCUGUUUGCGGUGGCCCAUCCAUACUUCCAAGAGCUCAAUCUUUCCAUUUCCAGGAGAAACGAAAGCUCAAACGCAACAUGUUAAAUUGGAAAUUAGUGCAGAGCAAUGACAUCAUAUCACUCAUCCGACGUGGUAAACGAAUCUAAAUUAUUUGGAGACUGUCUGGUGGUUUUCUUCUAGUCAUUUCAGGGGUCCACAGGUGUGGAGUAGUUCUUUAAUGGAUAGUUGUUUCAAUUUGGAUAGUUGCUUCAUCUUUCUUGUAAUCAACUUAGUUGGAGACCAGUGGGCACUAAGUUAGUAGAAA